CCAGCACAAAGAUGUCUUGCUACGACCUGUGCCAACCAAAAACCAGCGUGGCCGUCCCCCAGCCCAUCGCUGAGAGCUGCAACGAGCUGUGCGCCCGCCAGUGCCCCGACUCCACAGCCUUCAUCCAGCCUCCACCCGUGGUUGUCACCUUCCCCGGCCCCAUCCUCAGCUCCUUCCCCCAGCAAGCCGUGGUGGGCUCCUCCGGAGCACCCGCCUUUGGGGGCAACCUGGGGCUGGGGGGCCUCUACGGGGCCGGGGCCACGCUGGGCUCGGGGGGCCUCUGCACCCCUGCCAGACCCUAUGUUUCUCCCGCCUGCAACCCUUGCGUCUUGCCACGCUACAGCAAGAAGCUCUGGGACACCUGUGGUCCCUGCUAGACCCACAGCACACCUAGGCACUGCCCCCAGCUCGGAUACCAACAUCACCUCCACCCAUGCAGGGCUGAGCUGGGUGGUAUGGGGCACUGAUGAGUGCUGAGUAUCCCCAGCACCAGCCAACGUCUUGAAGCUGGCAGUGCCAGACUCCCUCUACUCUUCCUUUUUCUCUGCUCCUCUUCCCUCCUUUCUCCUCUGAGCUCUUGGAUACAGCUAGAUGUGGACCUGCAAUGCUCCUUGGGGCUGUUGGGCCAAGUCCUCGGUCUCUGGAAUAUCACAGGCAGACAGCAUCUGAAGUGAGAAGAAAUGCUUUUGAGAAGAUCCUUCCGCCUCCACCAACAAGGGGCAACCAUCCUGUCUGGGUGUUGCUCAUUGUCUCUCUGAAAAUCUCCCCUACCCCUCUGGGCACAAUAAAGGAUUCUUGCUUGCAA